UCUUCAGGAACUCUGGAGUUAUAAGAUUUUUAGUUUCCAUUAUAUGGUUUUCUUCUGCCCGCCUUGCACGGUGUUGACUGCCUCCAGCUUCUAAGGACCACCAACUAAAUAUUGCUGCAAACGUCAAAAGUUGGAAUGAUCAAGCGGUUGAGUUUGACAUGCCAUGUGAAAGAUAUGGGUUAUGGUAACCUUUUGGCUGAGUCAUUGACCGCUUAUCUCUGGUGUACGAGCUUGCUGACUCUUCAUGAUUUGGCAUGUCUGUGAGGUGAAUUAUCCCGAGUCAUCAUGUAGUACCAGGAUGUAAUAUCUCUGCUAUAGAAUUGAGUUAAAAUGUUGUUUCUCUAUGGUUUUCUGGCCUACUGAUUCUGUUUUCUCAGUAACAAUGGUUUCUAUUGUUUUAUGGUGUCUUCCAUUUGUUCUUUCCUUUCUUGGUUCUUUAGCGCAACCCCAGAUAACCACUAACACAAUAAACUUGGGUGCCAGCAUCACUGCUGGGACUAAUUCUUCGUGGCGAUCACCCUCUGGUGAUUUUGCUUUUGGGUUCUAUCCUCUUCUUAAUGACCUGUUCCUUGUUGGAAUCUGGUUUGACAAAAUCCCAGAAAGAACACUAGUUUGGUCAGCGAACCGUGAUGAUCCAGCUAGAACUGGAUCAACCAUCAAUUUCACACUCGAUGGCCAGCUUGUUCUUACACACUCAAAUGGAACUGGAUACUUAAUAUCCAAUGGAACUUUCGGUGCUAGUUCUGCUCUGAUGCAAAAUGAUGGCAAUUUUGUUGUAAAAACCAAUUCUUCCGAAGUUAUCUGGCAAAGCUUUGAUUCUCCAACAAACACCAUUUUAUUAGGCCAGGUCCUAGUAAUGGGCAAAAAACUCUACUCUAAUGCAAAUGGAACAGUCGACUACUCGACUGGGCAGUACAUGUUAGAGCUUCAAAUGGAUGGUAAUGUUGUUAUGUCUGCAUACAAGUUCGCUGAUCCUGGUUACUGGUUCACUUUGACAGCAGGAAACCAAAAUGUGAGCCUGAUUUUCAACCAGAGUACAGCUUUUAUGUAUGUUGUGAAUCACACUUCAAUUAGGUAUCAUAUGACAAGUCAAGUUCCCACUCCGAUUGGAGAUUACUAUCACCGAGCAACGAUCAAUGACCAUGGAAAUCUUCAACAGUUUGUUUACCACAAAGAAAAUGGAAGCGGGUGGACCGUUGUGUGGGAGCCAGAGAGUAUUAAAGCUGAACCUUGCAUACCGUUUAAUAUCUGUGGAGUUUAUGGCUUCUGCACUUCGAUUGAUAACACAACAAUCAACUGUGAUUGUUUGCCUGGCUACUCACCAUGGGAUCCAAGCAUUCCCUCAAAAGGAUGCUAUCCUGAUACGGUGAUAGAUUUCUGUGCUCCAAAUUCUUCGGCUUCAAAUUUCACUCUUGAAGAGAUAGAUAAUGCUGAUUUUCCAAACGGUGAAUUUGCAGAUAUGGCCAGAGUCACACCAGCCGACGUAGAAGAAUGCAGGAAGGUGAUAAUGGAUGACUGUUUUGCUGUGGCUGGCGUCUUGGUCGAGUCUGUGUGUUACAAGAAGAGAACUCCCUUGCUUAAUGCUAGAAGGAGCAUCCCUUCUACUAAUGAUAUAGUGGCGUUUAUAAAAAUUCCCAACGCAAACAACAAUCAAAUUCAAGACAAAGAUGAUGAUUCUCCUUCUUGGAUUGCUCUUCUAGCAGGCUUAUUAUUAUGUUCAAUAAUGACGUUACUCUUUGCCACCAUUGCCAUUUAUCAUCACCCUCUUGCUCAGUCUUACAUUAGUCAAAAGCAGCUCCCAGUGCCAAAGCCUGUAGAGAUCAAUUUGAAGGCAUUUUCAUUCCAGGAAUUGCUUCAAGCAACGAAUGGUUUAAGGAACAAACUUGGGAGAGGUGCUUUCGGAACUGUCUAUAGUGGGGUGUUAACCUUGGAGGAUGAAGAGGUUGAGAUUGCUGUCAAGAAGCUUGAAAAGGUCAUUGAACAAGGUGAGAAGGAAUUCUUAACAGAAGUCCAAGUAAUUGGACUAACUCACCACAAGAAUCUUGUAAGGCUGGUGGGUUUUUGUAAUGAGAAAAAUCACCGGCUUUUAGUUUACGAGCUAAUGAAGAAUGGUACGUUAUCGGAUUUUCUGUUUGGAGAGGAGAGGAGGCCCAGUUGGGAUCAAAGGGCUGAAACUGUGUAUGGAAUUGCAAGAGGUUUGUUGUACUUGCAUGAAGAGUGUGAGACGCAGAUCAUUCAUUGUGACAUAAAGCCGCAAAAUGUUCUUCUUGACAAAAAUUACACGGCCAAGAUAGCUGAUUUUGGCCUAGCGAAGCUCCUGAAUAAAGACCAGACUCGAACGAGCACCAAAGUUAGAGGAACAAUGGGAUACAUGGCACCUGAAUGGCUAAAAAAUGCUCCUGUGACUACCAAAGUUGAUGUUUACAGCUUUGGGGUCGUGUUGCUGGAGAUUAUUUUUUGUAGAAAGCACAUAGAGUUGCAUGAAGUUAAUGAAUCAACAGAGGGUAACGAGCUGAUUCUAAUUGAUUGGGUUCUAUGCAAUGUGAGAGCUGGUAAUUUACACUCCAUUGUCAGCCAUGAUUUUGAAGUCCUGAAAGAUUUUUGCAGGUUUGAAAGAAUGGUCUUGGUGGUGUGGAGGGCGAUCGACGAGCCUUGCGUGGUGAAUGCUAUAUGUGGUGUCUAUGGUAUGUGUUUUUCUCCGAAUAAUGAGACAGCAACAUGUAAGUGCAUACCAGGUUACAUUCCAUUGGACCCUAAUCACGUGUCCAAAGGGUGUCGCCCAGAGACCGUGGUGAACUAUUGUGCCGACCAUUCAAUGAGAAAUUUUACAAUUAAGGUGAUUGAUGAUGCAGACUUCCCAUUUGAGAGCUUCGCAGACUUGGCUCGAGUGAAGAAUGUCGAUCUGGAGGGUUGCAAAAAAGCUCUUAUGGAAGAUUGUUACAGCUUGUCUGCUUCCUUGGUGGAUUCUAGAUGUAUCAAGAAAAGGAUGCCUUUACUAAAUGCGAGAAAGAGUUUUUCUACUAAAGGACGCCAAGCGCUGGUGAAGGUGCCGAUGAAAAGCAAUCCUGGCAUUGAAGAACAUAAAAAGAAUAAUGAUUUUGACACUCGGGUUUUUCUAAAGAUUAGCCUUAUAGUUACAGCCACGCUUGCUUUCUGUUUUGGAGUUUCUUCCCUCUAUUACCAUCCUGCUCCUCGAAGAUUUAUCAAAAGGAAAAGCUAUUCAAAUGCUAAUUCCAUUGGCAUAAACUUCCAGGAGUUCAAGUACCUGGAACUACAGAAGGCAACAAAUGGAUUUAGCAAGACCCUAGGUAGAGGAUCUUCUGCUAAAGUUUACAGUGGGAUUCUAAGCAUGAAGGACAUACAGAUUGAUAUUGCCGUAAAAGUGCUGAAGAAAUCGAUUGAAAAAGGUGAGAAGGAAUUCAUGACAGAGCUCAAAAUAAUAGGCCGGACAUACCACAAGAAUUUGGUAAGACUGUUGGGCUUUUGUGUUGAGAACAAUCAACAGUUUCUGGUCUAUGAGUUAAUGGCGAAUGGCUCGCUUGCCAAUCUUCUAUUCGGGAAGGGAUCAGAAAGACUUAACUGGGUUCGGAGGGCAGAGAUGGUGCUUGAAAUAGCUAGAGGAUUGCUCUACUUGCAUGAGGAAUGCGAGACACAGAUUAUCCAUUGUGACAUCAAGCCUGAGAAUGUACUGAUUGAUAACAAUUACACUGCUAAGCUUGCAGAUUUUGGCCUUUCCAAGCUUCUGAAUAAAGAUCAAACUAGAACAGACACGGAUUUAAGAGGCACAGUGGGGUAUCUGGCACCAGAAUGGAUAAGGAAUGAGCGAGUGACAUCCAAAGUAGAUGUUUACAGCUUUGGUGUGAUGUUACUUGAGAUUCUAUGUUGCAGAAGGCAUAUAGAACCGAGCCGGGUUGAGGAAGAGAGUGAAGAGGAUGAUCUUGUUCUCUCGGACUGGGUUAUAAGUUGCAUGGCCGCCGGGAAGCUAGAGACGGUGGUAGGACAUGACCCUGAAGUAUUAAGUGAUUUCAAGAGAUUCGAGAGAAUGGCCUUAGUGGGUUUAUGGUGCAUUCAUCCUUAUGCAAUGUCCAGACCUUCUAUGAAAAAGGUAACACAGAUGUUAGAGGGGACCUCGGAAAUCGGAAUCCCGCCUUCACUUUCCGAUCAAAUGUCAGUGAGUAAUUAAACUUGCUAGUAGUUGUUAAGAGAGUAAUGUUGUCUUAAAAAUGUACGAUAUGGCUCCAUCUCAUGAUUAAUAAGCUAGUUUUGAGCACGAUUUCUUACAAUAGAAAUGCAAAUGUAACGGGAGAAUGUAUUCUAAUAAUUUCCAAAUUUAUCACUAAUACAGUCUGAAAGGCAUCUAUGUCUUCUUCUA